AUGCGUUUCUUUACAACUGUUCCAAUCUUCGGCGUCUCUGUCCUCGGUUUCGUCUCAUCUGCUCUUGCAGGUGGUAACGGCGGCACUGCCAACGUUCAGAACGCCUGCGGUAAAGAUGUCUACCUCUGGUCAAUCGCUGACUCGGCUGGAGAGAAGAUGAUCACCCUCAAGGACGGUGAAACUCACUCAGAGAAAUACCGUACCAACCGCAAUGGGGGUGGCAUCUCUAUUAAGAUGGCUACCAACAAGAACCAUAAGGAUAUAUCGCAGUUCGAGUACACGCUCAAAGACCCUCAAAUUUUCUACGAUUUAUCCAACAUUGAUGGCUAUCCAUUCUCGGAGGGUGGCGUCAGCAUCCACCCAACCGACGCCAGCUGUCCCGCAGUCGUCUGUGAGGGAGGAGUCAAAGAGUGCAAGGCGGCUUACAACAAGCCAAAGGAUGACCACGCUACUCACGGUUGUCCUAUGGAGACAGACCUCAAUGUUGUGCUCUGUGCUGGUGGUGGUUCUGCCGGCCCCAGAAAGAUGUUCAAGCCUGUGGAGAAGGCUACCGACCGCCCUCGCCAUCCACAUGCUCGUCCAGAGUAA